AAACAUCGACAAUGAUCAAGUUAGUAAUUUUAUUAUCAAUAUGUUCCUGUGUACUGAGUUUACGGUAUCCUAAAGUAGAAGUACGCAUUGCUGGUGGAUUACCUGGAAACAUUUCAGAUUAUCCAUGGCAAAUAUCAUUACAACACUCGGGGAAACAUACGUGUGGCGGUUCUAUAUUUAAUGAUAAAAUAAUUGUUACUGCCGCUCACUGUUUUAAAAAUGAUGAUGUUUCCAAAUUACAAAUAAGAGCUGGUUCAUCUUACUGGGAUAAAGGUGGUGUGGUCGUUAAAGUAGCUGCUUUUAGGAGUCAUAAAGAUUAUGAUCCAGACGUUGUGAAUAAUGAUAUUGCCGUCAUACGUUUAAAAUCUCCAUUACCAUUGGGUAGUAAUAUUAAACCCAUACCAUUAACUACUAAUGAACCAGGUGAUGGUACUUCAGCAGUUGUUACUGGUUGGGGAAUUCUUAAAGAAGGAAAUUCUUCGCUUCCAUCACAGUUACAGUAUGUUAAUUUAAAUAUUGUAGACCGUAAAACAUGUUCGGCUGCAUAUGAAGAUUUUAUAAUUGAUUCAAACACGAUUUGUGCCGCAGCCGAUGAUAAAGAUGCAUGCCCAGGAGAUUCUGGAGGUCCUUUAGUUGCUGACGGUUCAUUAGUUGGAGUUGUAUCUUUUGGUUUAGGCUGUGCCGAUCCAAAUUAUCCAGGAGUUUAUGUUAACGUGUUUAAGUUGCGUGAGUGGAUAACUGAAAAUGCAAAAAAAGUAUAAAUUAGUUUUUUAUAAUAAGUAGAAAUAAAAAAAUAUCGUAUUCGUCAUUUUUGUUACUAAAGCGACAAUACUUAAGCUUAACGCAGUGGUGUUUAAAAUUUAUUUAACUUUUUUUUUUUGUUUUU